UCCAUUUCAAAUUAACCUCUCCGCCAGGCAAUAAACGGAUGAAUCAACAACCGUUUCCAGAUGCACAUCUUAUAAAUUCAUUCAGCCUUUUUCUAAUCACAAAUCUAUAUUUAUCCACAAGAUUUUCCUCCUGCUGCUGUUGUUGAUGAUGAUGAUGAUGAUGAAGAAGAAGCUAAGAGGUGGAGGAGGUGCUGUUUAUCAUGGUAGAACAAGAUCUGAUCUGUUUGACUCCUUACCUGAUGAUAUUGUUAUAUCGGUUCUCUGCAAACUCAGUUCUACAGCGUCUUCUCCGUCGGAUUUCGUUGCUGUUCUUCUUACAUGUAAGAGGUUGAAUAAAUUAGGCGUACAUCCACUAGUUCUAUCAAAAUCAUCUUCAAAAGCGCUUGCCGUAAGAGCUACAAACUGGUGCGACGGGGCUCACCGGUUUUUGAAACUGUGCGUCAACGCCGGCAACACAGAGGCUUAUUAUAUUCUUGGAAUGAUCCGUUUUUAUUGCUUGCAAAAUCGAGGAAGUGGAGCGUCCUUGAUGGCGAAGGCGGCGAUUAAAUCGCACGCUCCGGCACUGUACUCGCUUGCUCUGAUUCAGUUCAACGGCAGUGGAGGAUUCAAGAACGACAAGGACCUCCGUGCAGGUGUUGCUCUUUGUGCCAGAGCAGCCUUCCUUGGCCACAUCGACGCUCUCCGGGAACUCGGCCACUGCCUCCAAGACGGUUACGGCGUACGGAAGAACAUCACCGAGGGCCGUCGUCUACUCGUGCAAGCCAACGCACGGGAACUCGCGUCUGUGUUGCGCGUCUUCCAUAACAACACAUCCUCGCCGCCUUCGUCGGCGUGGAUUUUCCGUAACCACCAACCACAACCUAUCAUCCCAACCAAUUCCAACACUGCUCCGAACCCAACCGAUUUCGACUUCCAGUUGUUUAGCGAUUACGGGUUUAACCUCACCGGCCGAGAAAUGCACCCGGCCAAUAGGUUCUUAGUGGAAUGGUUCGGGUCAAUUGACGACGGGUCACCGGGCCAGGGCCUGAGGAUGUGUUCCUACAAAGGUUGCGGCCGACCCGAAACCCGAAGGAACGAAUUCCGGAGAUGCUCGGGCUGUGGUAAAGUGAACUAUUGUUCGCGUGGGUGUCAAGCCCAUGACUGGAGGGUGCACCAUAAGGUGGAGUGCGCACCCAUGGAGGAGUGGGUGGGUCAUGCAAUCGAUGACGUGGAGGAAGAAGAUAUCAUGAACGGUGAUGAUGUGGCUAUUGAUGAUCAAACGGUGGAGAUUGAAGAUGGCGAUGUUGAUGGGAUCCAGAUCUGAAUGUGUACUGUUUCUUUAGCCAGAUUUUGUUUCUUUAUUUCUAUUUUUUAUCCUGUAUAGAUGGUGUUUUUUUUUAGAGUACACAUAUCUCGCGUGAAGGAUGGGAGAAAUAAUUUUACUUUAACCACCUUUUUCUCCUUAAUGUACAAAUUUCAAUGCCAUACG